AUGUCCACAAUUUCUGUCGCGGCAGGUGCUGAGGCGCCUCAUCCCGAGGAUGCCGCAAGGUCGGGACAUACAUACAAUGUCGGAACCAGGAAAUCGAAACUUGCUCUGAAACAGACUGAGCUAGUGCUGACCGAGACCGUAAAAGCCUUUCCCAAGUAUGUUUUCGCGGUCAAGGCGAAAGACACUGCAGCGGGAGAUAUUGACAAAGUUACUCCCUUCAAGGAUAUGCCAGUCAAGAACAUUUGGACCCACGAGUUAGAAACACUGAUGGUAGAAGGGGAUCUCGACUUUCUGGUCCAUUCUCUCAAAGACGUACCCACGCAGUUACCGUCAAAUUGCGAGAUUGGUGCUACACUGGCCCGAGAGGAUCCACGAGAUGCGUUUGUGAUCAAGGCAGGUAGGGAUCAUUGUAGAAUACAGGAUCUUCCAUCUGGCUCGGUUGUUGGCACUUCCUCCAUUCGAAGAACUGCACAAAUCGCAAUGGUAUAUCCUCAUCUGGUCGUCAAGGAUCUGAGAGGAAAUAUAGGUACUCGUCUAAACAAACUAGAUGCCGAAGAUAGUCCUUUUGAUGCGAUCAUCCUCGCUGCUGCAGGUCUCAUCAGAAUUGACUUGUCGCAUAGAAUAUCGCAAUUUCUCGACUCGAAGAACGGAAACAUGCUCCACGCUGUCGGACAAGGUGCGAUCGGUAUCGAGAAUCGUUCAGAUGAUUCGAAAGUGAAGGAAAUUAUCACAAAGAUCAACCACCUGCCAACGUUCUACUCCACCAUUGCAGAGAGAAGUUUGCUGAGAACCAUUGAGGGAGGAUGUAGCGCCCCACUGGGCAUCGAAACAACAUGGAUUGGCCACGAUCGUCUUCAACUGAAGGCUGUUGUGAUCAGUCUCAACGGCAAGGAAUUCGCCGAAGUUGAGAUGGUGGAGCAAGUAACGAACGUACAGGAAGCGGAAGAGAUGGGCCAGACAGGUGCCACGGAAAUCUUACAGCGUGGUGCUGACAGGAUUCUGGCUGAGAUUAAGGCAAAGAGACCCACCACGGUAACUGAUCUAGAGGAGACUUGA